GAAAAAAGUGAAGAUGGAAGUUAACUGGGCAGACCUGCCGACUGAUUUGGUGGUUCGUAUAGUUGAUAAACACAUAGUAUCAUUUGUAGACGGUCUAGCCUUUUCCGGUGUGUGUCGUUCGUGGCGCAAAGCUUGUGAUACAGUCAAUUUGAAGCGGAAGUGGGAUUGUCAAAUGCCGUGGCUUAUGUUAACUGAUGGCAACCAGGAUAUCAACGAGGAUGAAUGGAUACAGUAUCUGGAACCUGAUCGUUUAGAGAAUGUGAUUGAAGCAGAGAGUGUUGAAGACAAGUUUGAUGAUAUUAAUACUACUCGAGGCUUGUUGGAUUUAACGCAUGAGAAAGUUAGGUGUUACAAUGUCAAGUGUGAUCUAUGAAUUGUUGGGGAUCAUCUCAUGGUUGGAUACUAACUCAUGGGAUUGAUGAUAACAUGUACUUAUUUAACCCUCUUACCAAGGAUCGCCUCGAUCUCCCUUGUCGCCGUACAAUCCCCUUCCUUUGGGAUAAUUCUGGUGAAUUCCUUGGUGCAUAUUUCAUAAACAGGGCUGUUGUACUUAAGGUGUCAGGUGAUACUUUAUUGGUGGUACUUAUAUAUGAUGCCUAUCUUAGAGCUGCAAUUGCCAAGCCCGGGGACACACAGUGGACACCAAUUAUAUCUGAGAAAAGGGCUAUUUACCGGAGGGUUAUGGAUGUAUUAUACCGUAGGGAUAAUCUUGGUACCGAUGGACUUGUAUUCGUGAAUGAGAGUGGCAAUAUUGCACUGGUAAACCUUGAUGAUGUUCAGAAUAAGAAACCUCUGGCAUUAAGUUGGUACGGAUGUUACGUACCGUAUAUACAAACCUACAUAGUUAAUUCUGGUCAGGAUCUUCUGUUGGUAUUGAGGAUAUUUGAGACGGAAACAAACGAUGAAGGAAAGGUCAGAGAAGGUGAACAUGAUAUUGAUCAUUACAAGACAGUUAAUUUUAAGGUUUACAAGUUUCAGUUUGAUGACAGGAGUUGGGAAGAGUUGAAAGAUUUGCAAGAUGUUGCUCUAUUUGUGGGUAACAAUGCAACUAUGUCUGUUCGUGCAAGUGAGAUGGGAUGCCAACGCAAUUGCAUAUACUUUACAGAUACUUACACAUUCGGUUCUAAUGCCACCAAAGAUAAACUUGCGGGACAUGACUUUUGUGUUUUUCAAAUGGGUGACAAUAUCAUCCGACCAUUGAAGCUGGAGAAUAACACCCACUUACGCUCUUCCUAUUGUUGUCCCAUGUGUUUUCGUCCAGCAAUUUAAUUCUAAAAUCGAUUUUGUCUUCCAACUUGUUUAUAUUCUUGUAACACAUACUCACGCAGCGUUAUUUAUUAUUUAUUGGUAUCUAAAAGUACAUAAUAUACUACUACUCUUGUCCGGAAAAAAAAAAAAAAAAAAAACAACUCAAUUACUUGUUUUUGACCUACCUUACUCGUUUAACACUUUAACCCAUGAUCACUUACUAAGUUACUAUUACAAAGGGUAAACAUUCAACACCCACUUAAAGCACUAACCUUAUCUA